UUACAAGCAGAUGAUUGGUAUUAUGCAUCCAAGGAAACACUCACACUGCUAAAUCAAAUUCUAAACUGCUAGCUAUUCUUGAUAUGUUGAAGAAUGACGGUUAUUUAACCCAAGAGGUUGGUCAAGUUGCAAAAUGCAUACCACGCUUGCCUAUGUGCUCUGUUUUUACCUGUUCUGCAUUGGAUGAUGAUUGCAACAUUCAAUGAGAAUUGGUCAUAGUCACUGCUCAAAGAUUAUGGCGUGCAUCUAACUCAUUUAAGCCGGACACGCAUACACCAAGGGAUCGUUCCUGUCAUGAACAGGAAUCCCGAUGCUUGUGUGCUAGCUAUUUGGGAAGUUAGGGACGUUUAGAGCGAGUGUUUUGCCUCUUGUGCAGUUAUCCCAAGCAUCAAGUGAGAUGCAUCUAUUUAUUGACAAGAACUAAGUUUGAAAAACGAGAAGGUUAGUCAGGGAAAAAACGAAAGGGGAUGCGUCCAUAUUCAGUAGUUGUGGUCUACAUGCUUUCCAGUUUCGAAAAAAACAUUGAAGACCCACUUCAUCUUCCAUCACGAUAUGGCCAAAUAUGGACGCACAUCAGUACAGAUUUCAAUGCCACAAGCUGCCCUAAGGACAUAGGGGCAACAGUCCAUACAUACAUGAUUGAAGGAGUAUUGGCACACAUCCCUACGUAAUCUCAUGAAACUGCGUUUCCAACCAUAAAAAAGAUGACUCAAAAGGCAGAUAUGGAACCCCGCCAAGACAAACACUUCCUUGGAAAGAGAGAAAUGGACCCAUUUCUUCAUCCUUUACUUAUCAACUAAUGAUUCUCUGGGGCUUCCAUCCUUCUCUGUCGAAAGAGAUUCAGAAAUGGCAGGGACAUUCUCCAGAGGAGCACAGACCAUGAACUCCAUGUUCUUCAAGCCCGUGCUCCGAAAAGCCUACCACAGGAAGAGUUCAGUCGACACGGUGAAACUGGAAGGCGAAGAAGUGGAGAGCAAAAGCCAAGCCGGGAGCAGCGAUGGUGGAUGCUGGGUUCCCCAUGAACGGACCGGCAUAUACUGUCCCAAGGGCCAAGAGAAGGUGAUUGCAGACAUCCCUCCCGGUGCGGUGAAGGAUGUCGGCGUUAACUGGAUUUCCUACAAUGAGGUUGAUCCAAUUUAGCAGCAACAAUGCCCUCAUCAUGCUUUAAUAGCUAUAUAAACAGAAUUAAGAUUGGCAUCCUGGAGAACAACCUUCAUGCUUCCUUUCUAUCAUGAAUGUUUCGAGUGCUUGCUUGUUAUGGAUCGGAGUCCCUUUCUGUAACAUAUCCCUCAGUCAAGUUUUAUCAUUCCUUGAGCUUUUGAAGGCGUGACAUCGUGCUAUUGGUUAUCAUCACACUCUUAAGUUGAAUGGACAACGGCCGAGAUUCAAACUAACAGAGAAGAUGAAUCGGGCUUCGUUGCAA